AUGGCAGGAUCAACUUUCAAGGACGCAUACUCCUUGCCAAGAGAUAAAACCGAAAGCAUUCGCCUAGAGCACCAACAUCGCCUCAUCAUCCAGAACACUGGCUUUGUCCUUCAUCCCACCAUCGCAGCAAAUCUUCCAGAGGGUGCCCGGAUCGCGGAAAUCGCUACUGGCACUGGCAUAUGGAUGCGUGAUGUUGCCGCCACCGCUCCCUCUAGCUGGACCUUCACUGGCUUCGAUCUUUCCGAUGCUCAAUUCCCACCCGCCGACCAACGAGGUGGACAUUCCUACCAAAUUCUAAACAUUCUGGAACCGCUCCCGAAAGUUCUAGACUCAACCUUCGAUGCCGUCCAUAUCCGCUAUCUGAUCUGCGCACUCUCUAGCAAGGACUGGAUCACGGUUGCUCAGAACAUUCUCAAGCUGCUGAAACCCGGUGGAUAUCUUCAAUGGUUUGAGUCCGACUUCCCUCGCCUCAAAGCACUCCAGAGCACCGCAACACAGACGAUGGAGUCAACAAAGACGAUGCUCCAUGCCUUUAUGACCUUGCAGUGGGAGAACGAUGUCGCUUUGAUUGAUGGGGUGAAUCCGGAGCUGCGGAAGAACGUGGCCAAAGCUGGAUUUGUAGAUGUGCGGGAGGAUGUGAUUGCUUCUGAUCGCGCGGCGGAGACGAGGAAGGAGCAUACGUUGAUUGGGUUGCAAGCGGUGAGUGCUGGAACUUUGAUCAAAAUGAAGCAGCAGGGGAAAUGGGUGCAUGAUGAGCAAUGGGUCCAUGAUAUGUAUAAGAAGGCUGUUGAGGAGAUGGAAGGAGGAGUAUAUGUUAGGUGGGAUAUGCAUGUGAUUACGGGGAGGAAACCUAGUAGCUAA